UGCCUUCACUACACUUGGCUGGACCUCGAUCUCUACACAAUUCACCACCCAAUCUCAAGACUUGUUUCUAGGAGACACUAGUGUAUUGCUUGUUGAAUUGAAUAAAAUAGAAUUGAAGAUUGAAUUCCUGCCUAACUCAGUGCCUGACCCAGAGCAGGCACUCAAUAAGUAUUUGCUGGAUGGAUGAAUACUAUCUUCAAAUAUCUGGAACUUGCUGGCAGAUGAAAGGUGAGUGAAGCAGCAUGGAUUCCGUCAGCCAGGUCCCCAAGCACAUCCUGGAUAUCUGGGUCAUUGUCCUCAUCAUCCUGGCCACCAUUGUCGUCAUGACCUCCUUGUUGCUGUGCCCGGCCACUGUGGUCAUCAUCUAUCGCAUGCGGACUCAUCCUGUGCUCAAUGGGGCUGUCUGAGAACCUCCCAAGAGGAACAGGUGAGGGAUGAGGACAGCGUCCCCUCCCCUGGCCUCUUCCCCUGUCUCAGAAAGGCAGCAGGAGGGACUUUGGUGUGUGGACUCUGGAGCUUGAAACGUGAGAGGAGACCUGAGUUCUGGUUUUGAUUCUGCCACUGGCCAGCUGUGUGAGUUUGGUCAAGGGACCUAGUUCUGUGAGUUCCAGGUUCCUUAUCUUUCACAUGGGGAUUAUGAUCCCUCCCCUUCCUACCUCAUAGGGUUGUGAGAACCGUUGACUUAGUGGAGGUUAAAGCUAUUUGUGAGCAGUAAUCACCACCGAUAUGCAGGUGUUAUUGCUGAAUGCUGAGAAGCUCUGAAGAACCGAAGAACCUAAUUGCUGAUGAAGGCCUUGAAGGUAGUGAGGGAGGCCCCGGGGGCAGAGCAGCCUUUGCCAGUGCCCCUCAGGUCAAAGCAAGCAAAGCCACCCCGUCCUCGUUCCAAGGGUCCAGCAGCACAUUGGCUCAAAAGUGGUUUUCUUUGAGGUGUCACUCCCUCAAGUUUUCUAAAAUGGGAAGGAAUUGAACAUGGCAGGGGAAGGGAGAUGAAUGGAACUUCCUGGGACCUUCUCUGUGCUAGAAUCUCUGCUCCUAUGCAAUCUGGAGGAGGGCUCUGCCGUUUUUUGGCAAUGCCAAGGAAGAUGGGGCAAUGGGCUUCUUUCUGCACUGGAGUCUCAUAGCUUUGACAUUCAAGCAAUGUUGGAAAAUGCAGGUGGCUGAGUUCCCUGGGCAGUUUUCAGGAUCUCCAGCCCCCAUCCCCCUGUGUGCCCCACGUAGAGGAGCUCUGCAGUCUGCCCCAGCUCCUGCUAUAAUUAGCUCCGUGGUAAAAUGUCCUCUCUUCACUCCCUCCCACCAGCACUGCAACCAAUCCAAGGUACAGACUUAUAUUUUGAGACAUGCUCCCAGGACUUUUGGAACUAACUCAAAACAAUGAUGGGUUAUUUUAGAUGCUAUGAUUUAUAUUUAUAUAGAGAGAUUUCUGGACCACCCAAGCUCUUUGACCAAAAUCAGGAGCAUCCUGGGAUUUAUUAAAUUAUGUAAGAAGAUAGCACACAUAUCAAGAUCUUAUUGUGUAAAAAUGAUGCUUUUACUUUGAUCUGAUUUCAUUGAUGUACACAACCAAUUUCCAAUAAAGUGCUAGAAUGA